AUGGGCCGGCCAAAGAUCGAUCCAAGCCUGAGGCGGAGAACUGCCAAGGCUUGCGAGCCCUGCAAGAGGCGCAAGCAGAAGUGCGUCUACGACAGCAAUGAGCACGAGCCCCAUGAUGAACCUACAGACCAGCUUUCUCCAUCGUCAUCGAAAAGUCGAGCUACGAAUUUCCUAUCGCAUCCUCAGAAAGACAGUGCGGACGAAGAGACCUCGACGCAUCGGAAAAAGAUCGCUGAGGGGCAUUCCUUCCAAGAUUGGAAGGAUGAUCAUGGUGAAGAGGUGCCUUCAAUCCAUGAGGCGGUGGAAGCAGCUCGGAGCCAUGCGCCCGCCGAUUCUAACAGUGAGGCCGAUAUCAAGCUGCCGACAACAGAAACCACGGCCGGGGAUUUCACGAUCGAGGAGGCCGAUAAUCAUAUGAUGACGCGGAUGAUGGAGGAUGGAGGCGGCUCGGGGAGGCUAUUGUAUAUUGGCGAUUCAUCGACUCUCUCCUUCCUCCAGCUACUGCGGAUGAUUAUUGAGACGGCUUCCGGACCUUCCAAAUUUACGCUUAAUCCUGGACGGCACCGAGUUACCGAGCCAGAACUGACACUCUCAUCACACCGUCCUCCGCCCACCUAUUUACUUCCUGACAAGACCGCAGCCUUGAUGCUUGUAGACUCGUAUUUUACCAACUUGCAAGGCAUCGUAGAGGCUUUGGACGAAAAGGAUAUACUGGCUACCCUAGCGCAAUGCUACUUUGAUCCGCUUACUGUCGAUCCCAUUGGGCUCGGCAAUCUGUUCUUCGUCUUCGCUAUAGGCCUUAGCCUUGCGACUCCACGUGACGGUAGUAAAGAAGCUGAAGUUAUCAACAAACUGCGGUCGAACCAUGCCCAUCAAUCUGAGAUUUUCUAUUUCACAGCCAAGAACCUUAGCAAUCCUGUGGACAACUUGGAAAAUGCUGGCUUCUCGUCGGUACAAGCCAUGACUCUGAUGGGUAUCUACAACUGUAUACGUUCCAAGAGAAGCACCGCUUACUCCGUUAUUGGUGCUGCCGUUCGCUGUGGCUACUCCCUUGGUCUACACCGGGAAGAAACCCUAGACAUCUUCCCGCUAAAAGAAAAAAUGGCGCGGAAGAAGCUUUGGCGCACUCUAUUCGUACUCGAUCGCUUCUUGGCCGUUGCUCUUGGACGACCGGUCGCGAUUGCUGAAGAAGAAAGCAGCGGCUCCAUAUUGCAGAAUCGGGACAACAUAGCAGCAGAAAGUACUAAGUCAGAGCGCCAUGAUCUUUGUACAGCGGGAUUAGAAGCUUCAGUAAGAGCCUGUCACGUUCUUGGUCACAUACUUCGGCGAAUUUACACUCAACGGAAAGUUUGCAUUCGAGAAGCGCAGCAGCUUAUCGACGAAUGUAAAAGCUGGCCAGAGAAUCUAGACCCAAGCCUUCAUUGGAAGCAAGCUUCGCCCGAGAAUUUGAGACAAGCCAUCGUAAUUCUUCAUUGUAACGUGGCAUAUUGUCAAACCAUCAUACUUCUCACGCGCCCAUUUUUCCUCCAUCUCCUUGGGGUCGAAAUCCAGCGUACUCGACUGAACGUUGACGAAAAUACGAUACCUCCAAAGCAACCAAAGAUGAUGAAAUUCUCGGACGCCUGCGUGAUUGCAGCGACACAUAAUGUUGCCCUAUGCCAAAAUGCGUAUAGGGGUGGCUACCUUGCCCGCUUGAACCCACUUUCAACAGAUUCAUUGUUCUCCUCGGCUCUUAUCAUUUUCGCAAACCAGUACGCGCGGCCCUCUGGUGAUGCUGUGGCCUUGCAAUGCAUGCAGGACUCGAUCAUCAUACUUCGAUACUGUGGCGUCUAUGACCCUCAAGCUCGUCAUGGCGCAGUUGUCCUCGAAGAGUUUCAAGAUGUGAUACAUGCUGAUGCGCGGCGCGCAUCUUCCACCGCAACACAAGGUCCUACUAAACGAAAGACUUCAAAUCAAUUCACCUCAUCUCCUACAUCGAGCAAACGAAGCAGCAAUGCCACUGCUAUGCUGUCUCGAAAUACGUCAGCUUUCUCGGCUACCUCACCACCAACUUCCGUCACACCGUCCGCUCACAUACCUGAAAAGCCCCCUAGGGCGCUAGCUUCAGAAACAAGCCGCGAGGAGCCCUUCAGUGACGGUUUAUUUUCCGGGUUUUUGGAUAUGGGAAGCACCGUGCUGCCAGUCGCCGGGCCUCCAGACCAAACCGAUGAAGAAUUUUAUUCCUUCGAUAACAUCUUGCAAUGGCCUUCUGAGAUAUUUCCUUCCUUUCAAACCCCAGCCAUUCAAGAUACACUGUAUCAACCUCCGGGAAUUUAA